GCUGAAAGUCAAAAACAAGAGUGUUACGUUUCUGUGAAGUAGUUUAGUAAUCAGUAGUGCUGUACGCCGCGCCGAGUGAAAUUAAGUAAAUUACAUAAUACGUCCUAAUUUAAUGGUAUAAAAGGCUGGUAUAAGAGCAAUUUCAAAUUUAGAAGCAACGUUGAACCGCAGUUUGGAUACAAGGUAGCUGUGCGACAUGUUCGUCCAAGGAUUAAUACCGUUUUUCCUAAUCGCCCAUAUUAACUUGGAGCACGGCCCAAAACUCAAAAAUGCAAAUAAGUACAUAUUUACCGUUAACAUGAACAUUAUGUGGACGCGGGAGAGCAUCAAUCCGUUCGGCUUCCGUGUCCUCUCCCAGCUGCAUUGCAUUCCGAAGAGGAACCAUUCCGAAGCGGAAUCAAAUAUCUUGAGCUGCAGCCUCAAGCACAACGAGAGUAUCAACUAUGGAAAAAACGAAUUAGACGAUAACUUAAUUAAUUGGCGGAAGGACGUCACCAACGAGCCCAUCGAAUUAGUCUUCAAACAGGAGGAAGGCAUCGAGAAGAUGAUCGUGAGGCAGCAAAUAAAGACAUAUGAUCUCAACGUAUUGAGACUCAUAGCUGAACAGUUGCAUACUGGCAACGAUUUCAGCGAUGUAGGUAACGGUACGUUUGAAGAUGUGGCGCGGUCCAUCAUAGGUAAAUGCAGGGUGGUUUUCAAGAUCACACGUCGUCCUGAGAACACAAAGAGAAACCGCCGUAAUUUCAACCUAUACUUGCUGCCGCCAAGUCUUAAUUUGAAAGACAACGAGACCAUUGUCAUCGAUAAGACGACAGAUCUCAAUCACUGUACUUGCUAUGCCGAGAAAUAUUAUUGCAAAUAUGGUAACACGGUGGUCUGCGAAAAUCAGCAAGCGGACUUGGAGAGUAUGACCAGCCGCAUGGAAAUCAGUAAGACGAGUUUUGUUUCGUCUACGACAAGGAAGGGUACGAUAAAGCAGAAUUCUCAGACGUAUAAUGUUGUGGAGACUAUCACGUUAACUUUGGAAGAUGUUCAAAUAGCUACGAAUGAUCCACCCGCGAUCGUGAAUCCAGGCAAGACCAAGAUACUCGCUAAUUAUGACGUGAAAAAUAUCUUGAUCGAUGAUGAACAAUUAUAAAAUACAAUACGAUAUUUUGAAUAUGUUACAACAUUACAGCAAAUUAUUAAUAACAAGAUGUAACAUAAAUAAAAAUAGAAAAUAAUGUAAUUCAACGCUCCUAAAAUUAUUUCCAUGAUAAUCCAGUUGGCAUGCUGUGUUUUGUAAUUGAUAAUAAAGCGAUGGCGUUGUACAUAG